CUCUGGCUCUAACUCUAGCCAUGUGAACAGCCGAAGCCAAACCCCUCCUUCCUAAAGUCUGAAAUUUUACUAUAAAACCCCACAUCCCACAUUUCAUUCUCUCUCAAAAUCCCAAAUGGGUUUCAAGCUCCAAGCUCUGCUGUGCCUUGUAGCUCUUCAAGUUCUGGUCUUCUUCUCAGAGGAAGCAGAAGCAGCAGAACACAGCCAUGGCAUCAGCUUGAGAGUCCACAGGAAGCAAGUGAGCGGCUGCAAUUUGUUCCAAGGCAAUUGGGUUUUUGAUGCUUCUUACCCGCUCUAUGAUUCCGCCAGCUGUCCCUUCAUAGAUCCUGAGUUUGAUUGCAUCAAGUAUGGCAGACCUGACAAGCAGUUCCUCAAGUAUGCCUGGAAGCCUGACUCCUGUAACUUGCCCAGGUUUGAUGGGGUGGAUUUUCUGAGGAGGUGGAGGGGAAAAAAGAUAAUGUUCGUGGGCGACUCACUGAGUCUAAACAUGUGGGAAUCAUUGUCUUGUAUGAUACAUGCGUCGGUGCCAAAUGCCAAGACCACCUUCAAAAAAGCCUAUUCUGUGAGCUUUGAGGACUAUGGAGUGACUUUGUUUAUGUUCCGGACACCAUACCUUGUAGAUAUAGUCAGAGAAAAGGUUGGCCGUGUGCUAAACCUAAACUCCAUCAACGCCGGAAAUGCAUGGAAAGGGAUGGACGUCCUGAUCUUCAACUCUUGGCAUUGGUGGACCCACACCGGCAAGUCUCAGCCAUUUGAUUAUUUUCGUGAUGGGACAAAACUGUACAAAGACAUGGAUCGUUUGACAGCAUAUUAUAAGGGGCUUUCCACAUGGGCUAGAUGGGUUGACUCAAAUGUUGAUACUUCAAGAACCAAAGUCUUCUUCCAGGGCAUUUCUCCAACACAUUAUCAGGGAAAAGAAUGGAAUUCGCCAAAGAAGACUUGCUCAGGAGAACUUGGACCGUUGUCGGGAUCAACCUACCCAGCAGGGGCACCUCCAUCUGCUGCUGUUGUGUAUAAGGUGCUAAGCACGAUUAAGAACCCGGUUUACUUGCUCGACAUUACAACGCUCUCGCAGUUGAGAAAGGAUGCUCAUCCCUCAACUUAUAGUGGCGAUCAUUCGGGCAAUGACUGCAGCCACUGGUGCCUGCCCGGGUUGCCUGAUACCUGGAACCAACUCCUAUAUGCAGCUCUCAUCAUGUGAAUUGUGAAGGUCAACACUGAUCAACAGUUAGCAACCAUUUUUAGUUUGGGAAAUGAUUCGCGCGCUCACAUUUUCUCCUUCCGCAAUCAUCUCUUUGUUGUUGCCCAUUUAUUCUCCUUGAAUUUAAUUAAUCCAACAGCUAGAAAUAAGAGGACUGAAGAGGGAGAAAAGGACAGCGCGGAAAUCAUUUUCCUCUAGUUUUCCUUUCUUUCAUAUUCACAUCGAUUGGUAAACGACAAUAAGGUGGCAAAAUCAGUUGUAACUAUUGUUUUACUGAACUAGAAGAAUGGUUUCGAGUUCGUAGAUAGACAAAGAACAGAUUGAAAUCCAAAUGAGGGUGUAAGUGUGCUUACAGAAAGCAAAAAAUAUUCAAGUCUUAGAGUUAUUGACUAGUUUGAACUUUCUUGUUCAUUUGCUCUGUGAUCUAAUUGAAGAAAUGUACAUGUGGAAAUUUCCAGCAUUGUGAUCAAUAUAAUUUCCUUUAAGCUCU